AUGGCCCCCUUACUGACCGAUCGACAGGCUGGUGAGCUACAUAAGUCCAUGAUAGCAUAUCUACUGGCGAAUGGGCUUUCGGAUACAGCUACUGCCCUCAGGAAAGAGGUAAAUCUCGGGGAAGAUGUUUUCGAUACAACCACGGCAAAAAAGUAUGAAGGAAUGUUGGAAAAAAAAUGGACAAGCAUAGCACGUUUGCAGAAAAAGAUAAUGGAUCUUGAGUCGAUGAAUAACACGCUCCAGUCUGAGCUCGAUAAUACAACGCCUGCCUCCCGUUUAAGGACAAACCAAGAUCUGAAUUCUUGGCUCCCUAGUACUGCUCGGUACUCGCUACAAUCUCAUCGAGAUAAAGUUAACUGUAUCGCCUUUCACCCUAUAUUUUCCUCUAUUGCCUCCGGUUCCGACGAUUAUACCAUCAAGAUAUGGGAUUGGGAUGUCGGCGAGCUUGAGCGGACACUUAAGGGUCAUACUCGAGCUGUCCGGGGUAUUGACUAUGGCGGUCCACACGACAAAGUCCUUCUAGCCUCUUGUAGCUCAGAUCUCACUAUUAAGCUAUGGGACCCGGCAGACGACUAUAAGAAUAUUCGGACACUGCAAGGCCAUGACCAUAUUGUCAACGCCGUCCGUUUCACACCAUCCGGAGAUUUUCUCAUCAGUGCAAGCAGAGAUACGGAUAUAAGAAUCUGGGCGGUCACAAACGGGUAUUGUAUUAAAACAAUCAGCGGCCACACUGGUUGGGUGCGGGAUAUUUGUCUCUCGCAUGAUGGGAAGUUUCUCCUCUCUACUGGACAUGACAAUACUGCUCGGCUCUGGAAUAUCUCUACUAUAUCGAGUCCGGAACUUAGACAAACAAUGAUGGGCCAUGAAAAUUUCAUUGACUGCUGUGCUAUUGCCCCGCCUGCUUCAUAUGAAUUCCUUGCACCCCUGGCCAAAUUACAGAAGCAAACAUCUAUAAAUGGUGCUGACUUCAUAGCGACAGGAUCGCGAGACAAUACCAUAAAGUUAUGGGACGCACGUGGAACCUGUCUCAUGACGCUAGUGGGUCACGACAGUUGGAUUGAAUCGCUUGUGUUUCAUCCUGGGGGAAAAUAUCUUCUUUCAGCAUCGGAUGACCGGACAUUAAGAUGUUGGGAUUUGAGCCAACUAGGGAAAUGCGUGAAAACAAUUGUAGCUCAUGAAGGCUUUGUAACCUGUCUAAAAUGGGCACCAGGAAAUGCUAAGAAAGUCUUGAUAGAUGGCGACGCAUUUCAGAAAGGGGAGGGUGAUGGCGAAAUGCGUUGCUUGGUUGCUACGGGGAGUUGGGAUCGGAAGCAAAGUAUUCUGUUUAUGAACGCAACCUGCGUUUUCCCACGAGUAUGUCUGGCAUCUAUCCUCUACGAUCAUUUCAAAUAUACCGGGCAAAUUUUUACCGUGAAUAACGCCGCACAGGUCGACGAGCUCGAGGCGUGCCAUACCGAUAUGAUAACUCUACUGUGGCACGGCACUCACCCCCAUUUUGAAUCAUCGUUCUGGCUCCGGGCGACCUUACCUAGUAUUAGGCAUCGCCUCCUCUCCAAUAUGUUGCAAAGUGAUAUGCAUGAAAACAUCACCCACCAGGCGGACUCUGUACCCGCUAAUCCUCCUGGCAACGAGCAGAACAGGAAUGUCUUUGAAGAAAUUCAUGCAGAAGAAGAUGUCCUCCAGUUCAUCGGCUCUGCAAAUAAAAACCCCACAACUGCGAAGUCGAUACAUGCCAAGACCCACGCCACACAAUGUUUCGGGGAUAUGGCUGAUUCUACUUUCCAACAAGUCUCCUCGAAUCGUAGCGGAAACGUCGAACGUGGACUUCCACAACAAAACUCCGCCAAGCCUGGGACAUACGGAGAGGUACACAGAUUGGGUUCAAAUUCAGACGACGAGGGGAAGAAGUAUAGCUCAUGA